AUGGCCCUGAGUCCAGGGGCUAGUCUGGUCCUCUGUGAAGACUCAGAGAUGGCACCCAGUCUCAACUCCACUGGGGCCCCAGGUUUAGGCUCUGGCACCACGUCUGUGCCCAACCCAGAUACAGACCUUGUUCCCAUCUUGAAUCCACCCCUGAGUCCUGGCUCAGCCCUUGUUCCAGACCUUAAUCCAACUCUGAUCCUCGUCCCAGAGGAGGCCCCUGGCCUGGUGUUUGAUAACACCCCCAGAUCUGAUGACAGCAGGGCCGUGGCUCCAGCCUCCCUCCAGAUCACCACUUCCCACUCUGAUGAAGCCCUGGGCCUGGAGUCGAAUCACAUCUCAAGGCCUAACCCACAGGGGUCCCUAUGUCCAUCCUCAAACCUGGUUCUGAGCCUUGGCUCGACUGAGGCCCAGGGUCUGAGCUCAGGGAACCUCUCUGGGUCGAAUUCUGAGGAGGCCUUCAACUCCCCCUCAAGCAAGAUUUUUGAUUUGGGUCAGAGCAACUCCAAUCCUUCCAGGCCAGAAUCAAACCCGUUUGUAAGGCCCUAUUCAAGAGAAGCCCUUGUUCUGGGCCACUGCAUCUCCAGGCCGAGCUCAAAAGCACUUCUUAUGCCAGCCUCCAACUCUUCUCUGGACCCUGACUCCAAUCAGCCGCUCAGCAUGGGCUCAGCAAACACCUCCAAGCAGGACCUGAAGGCAGCUCCAGGUUCGUGUAGGACCCUAAUCCCAAACACCAAUGAGACCGUCACUUGGGUUUCACAUAACAUCUCUGGGUCUGUUUCGAAAGGAGCCUUGGGUGCAACCUGGAACACGAGUUCCAGGGAAAUCGUCAACGUGGCUUCAAACGGCAACGCCAGGUCUGAUUUGAACAUGACCGUCACUCAGGCCUCGUGCUUCGCCCUGAUUCCUGGCUCCAGUGACAGCGUCAGCCUGCACUCCAGCACCCAUGGACCCAGCUCCACCCCCUCUCCAUCCUCCUGCAUGACCCUGAUCCUGGGCUCCAAUGAGACCCUGAGCCUGGGCUCCAGCCUCCUCUUCAGCGACACCUCCACCCUGACACUGAGCAGCCAGCAGGAUUAUUCCCAGGACAACAGCAUCCACACUGUGCCCCUGGAUCUGGGGAGCUGGAGCAAGACGGUCGGCGUCGAGGUGGGCCAGUUCCCGCUGGGGUUCUCUGCCUGUGAACCCGCGGACAGGGACACCACGGCCUUCCAAAGUGUCCCUGAGGGAGCCUUCGAUGAAGUGGCCUCAUGCCUGGUGAAGGUGCCAGGGAAGAGAAAGGAAGGCAGCAGAAUGGCUCUGGCUGAGAAUGUCAUCACCGUCCAGAAGAGCCAGGAUAUGCUGGAAGUGGAAGGAGAGAAGAAGAGCAUGAUGAAGAAGAUGAUGAGGCAGAUCCAGGAGGAGCCGCUAGAUUCCCUUUCAAGCUCCGUCCGCCAGCAGGCCAUGGAGACCCUGACACAGCUGAGUCACACGCAGCCCAUCCUGGAUGUGCGGGAGAGGUCAGAGCUCGUGAACACGUGCGUGAAGAGUGUGUUCUCCCUGCCCUCCGUGCAGGCCAUGCAGGAGAAAGAUGAGGCCAAGGCUGAGGCCAUACAGACACUUUACCGUCAGACCUUGGACGCCCUGCAGACACUGCUCAACGCCCUCUUUGUUGAGGAUCCCACUCCUGCUGGGCUGAAAAGCAUUUUGGAGCCCCUGGGGCCCUGGAUGAACUCUGGGAAGGCCCAGGAGCGAGCACGGGCUGUCAACAGCAAUGUCUCUGUGUUGAACCACACACUUCUGACCCUGCCUUGCUUCAUGUCCUCGGGGUUCCCGGCACUGGGGCUUCUGCUGGGGAGGCUCGUCCUUCGCAUCGGGGAUCCUGAAGAGGAGAUUGGCCGGGAGGCCCUGGACGGCAUCAUCAUCCUCUACACCAUCCUGGAGCUCCAAAAACGAGCCAGAGAUAAGGAAGAAACUAACAAGAAGGAGCUGUAUGAGACCAACAAGCGUUUCCUGGGGCCCUACAACCCUGUCAGCCCAUGCCAGAACAUUCUGCGUGUGAUCGCGGAAUUUGGAGACUUCCUGGGGCCCCAGCAGGUAAAGGAUCUGCUGCUAGCAGCCCUGGAAGGGCUGAAAGGCGGCUCGGAGGCGCGGGGGAAGGACACGGGGGAGAUGAUGCAGCUGGCCUCGGAGGUCACGCUCAGCUCCGUGCUGGAGUGGUACAGCCACAGGGCACUGGAGGUGAUCCCAGAGAUCAUGCAGGCCAUCUACAUGCAGCUGAGCCACAUCCAGGAGCCACGGGCCCGCGAGGUGGCCCUGCUGCCCAUCUCUCUCCUGGCUAGCUCCUUCAUGACCGAGGUCAUCGUGGCCCUGCUCAUGUGCCCCCUCCCACUGGACAGCAAUGGAGCCGAGAUGUGGCGGCAGCUGAUCCUGCGCAAGCCCAGCUGUGACAUCCGAGACCUGCUGGACCUGCUCCUGAGCAGCCUGAAGGAAAAGCCCGUCACCAAGAAGGGCCGGGCCUCCAUCGUGCCCCUCGCGGCAGCCAGCGGCCUGUGCGAGCUCCUGUCCGUCAACAGCUGCGUGGGCCGCGUGAGGCGCAUCUACCCCCAGCUGCUCCUGGCCCUGCUCAUCCAGGUCCAUUACCACAUCGGCCUCAACCUGCCUGGCCGCGUGGCUUCCCACAAGGACGCCAGGAAGGACGCACAGCCCUCCGUCUUUGUCCCCGUGCGCUGGGUGAUCAAAGUGGUGAAAACGCUGCUGCUGAAGAUGGGCUGCUCGUACGAGGCCAGUUUUCUGGAGGACCAGGGCGGCUGGGAGCUCAUGGCGCAGGCGGAGAGCCACCACCGCGGGGUGUCCCUGCUAGCAAGGGCCAUGGUGCAUUACUCCUGCCAGGAGCUGUGCCGCAUCCUCUACCUGCUCAUCCCGCUCCUGGAGCGAGGCGACGAGAAGCACAAGAUCACCGCCACCGCCUUCUUCGUGGAGCUCCUCCAGUUGGAGCAGGUGCGGCGGAUCCCCGAGGAGUACUCCCUGGGGCGGAUGGCGGAAGGCCUGAGCCACCGGGACCCCAUCAUGAAGGCGCUGUCCAUCCGAGGCCUGGUCAUCCUGGCCCGCAGGACUGAGAAGGCUGCCAAGGUGCAGGCCCUCCUGCCGUCCAUGGUGAAGGGCCUGAAGAGCAUGGAGGGGCUGCUGGUGGUGGAGGCGGUCCACAACCUCAAGACCAUCUUCAAGGCGCAGGACCGGAAGCUGACGGACAGUUCAGUCCACGUGGAGAUGCUGCAGGUCCUGCUGCCGCACUUCAGUGAUUCACGAGAGGAGGUGCGCUACUCCUGCAUCAGCCUGUACGGCAAGGUGGUCCAGAAGCUGCGGUCUCCCUGCACCCCGGCCAUGGAGGCGCAGCUGAUUGGCACCUUGGUGCCCCUGCUGCUGACCAUGCAAGAGGGCAACGCCAAGGUGGGCCAGAAAUGUGUGAAGACCCUGUUCCGCUGUUCUUGCUUCGUGGCUUGGGAGCUGCCAAAAAGAGCUUACAGCCGGAAGCCCUGGGACACCCAGCCGCAGACGGUGGCCAAAAUUUGCAAGUACCUUGUGAAUACCCACCCAGACAGUGCCUUGAUGUUCCUCCGCCAGAGCCUGGAGUACGCCAGGAGUCCCCGGGCCUCCCUCCGGAAGUCCUCAGUCAUGCUCAUAGGGUCACUGGUCCCCUGCAUGGAGAGCCUAAUGACGGAAGAGUGUCUGAAUGAAGUUAAGGCCGCUCUGGAAAACCUGAGACAUGACCCAGAAGCAUCAGUGUGCAUCUCUGCAGCCCAGGCCCAGGACCACAUCCUGGCCAGCUGCUGGAGGAACUCCUGGCCACUGCCACACAGGGACUCAUGGGUGUGCGACCCAGCCACCACACACCGCUGGAGCCCUAGCUGUGAGAACCUGCCCACUUCCCACCAGCGGCGCUCCUGGAUCAUGCAGGCACUGGGCUCCUGGAAGAUGUCCUUGAAGCAGUGA